AACCCGCCUCGCACACAAUCGUUGUCCAAUCGUCUAGCGAGAAAGAUGUCGGCGGUGACGGAGUUGUAGUAGCAAAAUAACAAAUUUUAAAAAAUAAAACAGCGCUACCAUUUUAGAUCGUGCGUGAAUCCGAAUCCGGGGACCCGGGGCGUUUCGCCGAAUCGUGUUUUGUUCUGUGUGUUAUAUCGGUUGAGAAGUGAAAGGACUGUGUUCCGCCGGACGCGGCCAGAAGUUGAACCUGUUGGAAGCCCUUCGCGAAUUGUCGCAUAGUGUUUUGGAAAAUGGACAACAAUCAAUGUUGGCGACACUCGAUCCAGAUUAUUGUCGUGCGAGAUCCGACUUCAUCAAAGUAGGUUGCUGAAAUAGUGAGAUUUGUUCCAUGCCAGCUUGAAAGGCUCGAGUGGCAAGAGUUCCAACAACCCAGUUCGUGGGAGCAUUUGUUAUGGUGCUGCUACCUUCGUAGGUGGGCGAAAUUCUACGCUAAACCAACCUAGUAGGCCGGGAGAGAAAGUGUUUCAAAGGGUAGCCCAGAACAGAUCGGCUAAUCUGAAUCUUACUUUGAUCAAACAAAAAUACUGGUGGAAUAGUGUUAUUACAGCAGCCAGGUUUUGUUUCAGUCGUCCCCUGUACUAGUGAGUGAUACUAUUUUUGCGGGUGGGCGAAGUGGAUAAAAGUGUGAGCUUGUGGCUGGCCUUCCGCGAGAGUGUAUGUGUGCUGCUGCUGCUGGGUCUAGUGAUUUGCCUGAUUUGAAAAUGAUGGAUAAAACGCGAUCCACACACUAGUUCCCAGGGGGGUUUUUCGAACCCAGAGAUCCCGGAAGUGAGUUUGCAAAAAAAGUGCAGAAGAAAAAAAAACGGUGAAAAAGUGAUCAUUGAAUCGAUUGUGUGUUUUCUGUGUUGGCAAAAUAUAGUUAGCAAACGAGAAGAAGCUACACGCAAGGAGAGAAAGUACCUACCGAAGCCUGAGCUAAAAGAUUAGUGUAGGUUUGUGUGCGUGCGCCAUCAGUUCAUAUCCAUCCAUACUAGUAGUGCGCUGUGGGAAAAGCACCAGCUGCUGCUGGAGACGUUGUCGUCUGGCAGAGGUCGUUGUUGGUGUUGUUGGCGGAUUGUUGCUUCUGGGGAGCCGAUUGGUGAGCAACAUCCUGCUGGAGAAUAGAGGUCCUGUUCGGUGUAUAAGUGGAGAGAUUUUAUCCCGAUAAACAUAUAUUUUGAAGUACGUGUAUUCGUUAAAAAGUUGUUCUUGUGUCAAGAGUUGUGAGUUUCAAAGAUUGUCACCUUUAGCAAAAAUCGCUAGCUUUCGCAGCAAUCCUGGCGACCUCACGUUAGGUCGUUAGGGAACAACCGCAGCCGGAUCGGACCGCCGCCCUUGGGCCUCGGAACAGACAGCAUCUCAGUCAGUGACGAUGCAGCGAACGUUCGGUUUGUCACCAGCGAGCCGGGCCGGCGUGUACGAUGGUAAAAUAGCUGGCCUAUAUGACCUGGAGGAAACGCUCGGCUCGGGACACUUUGCGGUGGUCAAGCUUGCCCGGCACGUCUUCACCGGCGAGAAGGUGGCCGUCAAGGUGAUCGACAAAACCAAACUGGAUGAAAUCUCGCGGGCGCACCUGUUCCAGGAAGUGCGAUGUAUGAAGCUCGUGCAGCACCCGAACGUGGUUCGGCUGUACGAGGUCAUCGACACCCAAACCAAGCUGUAUCUGAUACUGGAGCUGGGCGAUGGGGGAGAUCUGUACGAUUACAUCAUGCGCCACGACAAGGGUCUGACGGAGAACGUGGCUCGGGAGUACUUCCGGCAGAUUGUGCGAGCCAUUUCCUACUGCCAUCAGUUGCAUGUUGUGCACAGGGACUUAAAACCGGAAAACGUAGUAUUCUUCGAAAAGCUAGGGGUGGUGAAGCUGACUGAUUUUGGAUUUAGUAAUAAGUUCUGCCCCGGCCAGAAGCUGGAAACUUCCUGCGGCAGUUUAGCGUACUCGGCACCGGAGAUAUUGCUCGGUGAUUCGUACGAUGCCCCGGCAGUUGACGUCUGGUCGCUGGGUGUUAUUCUGUUCAUGCUCGUGUGCGGCCACCCACCGUUCCAGGAGGCAAACGACUCCGAAACGCUCACGAUGAUCAUGGACUGCAAGUACACGAUGCCGGAGCACGUGUCCGGUGGCUGCCGAAGUCUCAUCGGCAACAUGCUGGUACGGGAGCCGGAGAAACGUGCCACCCUGCAGCAGAUCGCCCAGAACGAGUGGCUGCUCGAGGGCAGUAUCGAGGAAACGCCCGAAUAUCUGCCGCUCGUCAGCCGGGAACAAGUGAGCGAAGAGGAUCAUACACUAAUCAUCCAAAAGAUGAUCAACGGAAAAAUAGCUACCAAAGAGGAAAUUUUAGAGGCUCUAGAUCGUAAUGAAUAUAACCAUAUAACGGCGACGUAUUUUCUGCUGGCGGAGCGAAAAUUGCGCGCCCACCGCCAGGAGGAAGCGCAAAAGCGGAAACCGGAGCUGUCGCUACCGGUGUCCAAUUCGUCGAGACUGCAAGGGUUUAAGAAGAACUCCGAGGACGACUCCAAAGAAGACGGUCUACUGCCAAACAAGCUGGGAAUGCAUCUGAGUGUACCCCGCACGCCGGGUACGGAAACUGGACAGACCGGCCGCAACCGGAAGUGCAGUAUCGUACAGGAGGAGGAGGACGACGAGGAUGACGUUACUGGUGCUGGUCACGAGGAACUGUCCACCCCGUUGAACCGCCGGGGCUCCCGUUCGGAGGGCCGACUCAACAUUACCGUACAAGAUCGGAUAGCGGAAUCCGAACGACUGAAACUGGAAGCAAAGAAGCAAGCCGAAGCGAAAGAGAAGGAACUGCUGUUGCAACAGCAGCUGAAACAGCAGGAGCAGGAAGCGAAGGAGAAUAGCGCUUCGGGGAUGCUGGGAGGAUUCGGUGGGCUCGGGAACGUGACGUUGAUCACUAGCGAGAAUAGCUGUACCAAAGAAAGACUGGGAAUCGCCGGUGGAGGGCUGCAUCGGAAGGUUCCGGAGAUCAAGCGGGGGAUGGAUUUCCCCAAGAAGACGUCCAUUCUGAAGCCGCAGGGGAACAUUCGGGGCGGAUCGUUCGACAAAUGUAUUGCUAGUAUUAAGGAUGCGGAGUUGGUCAGUACGAAAAUCAUCUCGGACAGUGCGACCAUAACGAUGCCGCUUACGGUAAAUAUUGUGAACACCUCGAGUAUUCCCAAGUACAAAACGAUGCCAUCGCCAACACGGGUCAAUACCAUCCUGAACUCGAAUACCAACUGUUUGAAUGAAAUUUUCGAGGAGGGAACCGAUGUGGGAAGUUCGGAUAGUACGACGACUACUCCUCGGCCGGUAAUCCGGAAUCAGUUCAACGCGCGGGCUCAAAGUCAAGGUGGAAACGGGAACAAUGUGCAUCGGCGAACAAAGUUCAACAAAUCGCGGACGGCUUCCUGCAGCAGUUCGGACGCUUCGGACGAUGACUCAGAGAACCGAAAGAAGCGAGCGCACAAAAUUGUAGAUUCCACCGUGAAACCACAAACCCAGCGUCGAGAUUCUCACGAUGACUCGAGCGAUUCGCAAGAUCCGGGCAACGCUGCGGCACCAUCCAGCACGGGAGCAUGCGUCAGGGCCAUCAUGAGUGGAGCUGCUAGCAGUUCUUCCACUAACGAUGCCGGUAAUCAACCGAACACGGAAAAGCGGACAUCCGGCAACGGAAACCGUCAGAAGUCCUCCCAGCAAGUAGACUUUCGACGGCACCGAGGGCGGAGAAGGCCCGUCGAAACGCGACUACGGGAAAGCCAAUCCCUAAAUCGGAUAACCGAGGUCCAGGAGUCCGAGACUUCCCAUUCGGCCGCUGCAGCAGCUGCUGCUGCCGCGGCUGCCGGUGCCAUAUCAUCUUCAACCGUGCCAACAUCCGUUGAUCCCGAGGGGGAGCAGCUAAGUCAAGUAAUAGCCAACACCCGGCUAGAGUCGGGAAGUCAGGAGGAAGAAGCUUCCUUCGAGGAGUCUAGCAACAAUCCAAACCACCCAGCCGAUUACGAGAAUAGCGAAGGCGCAGUAGGCAAUAGCAACACGACCAACAAUGCCGGUAGUACUAGUAGUAGCGGUAGCAGCCAUCCAUGCAAGCCAAAAGGUUUUAGCGCCCGAAUAUUCCACCCCUUCAAGAAGCAGCAUCAUCAUUAUCAUCAGCAACAGCCGUCGUCCAAUAGUUCCACGCCCAGUGUGGAUACGCCAGCGGAAGCGGUCAAAGGUGGUGGUAUCGCGACGUCGACGACGACUGCCACUGCUCCUUCCGGCGACGAUAUUGAGAUCGUGGUAGAGCUGGCCAAGACGCUGAAUGCUUCGGAGAGCAGUGGCAAGAGCACCAAAAAGAUCAAGAUUCUGGGAAGGUAUUUCCAGGUCCACAAAAAGAUCUACGUUCCACUGUCGGGCCUGUUCCAGCGGGGCCGCCUCUACAAGGCUCAAUCGUGCGGUUCGAUCGUCCGGGACAAGGUCAACCAAAAUCCAAAUGGCACCGGUGGCGGUAGUCGUUCCGGCGGCGCCGGUGGUGGCGGCGUAACCAACUCCAACGCUCGCCAUUCGACCAUCUUCAACGAGAAGCAUCGGUUCAAGCACUGUCUCAGUGGAACGCGGUUGCUCGGCAGCGACGGCGACAUCAACCACAAUGGGAACAGUUUUAUGGCCGCAGCGGCUGCCAUGUCCAACGGGAGUGUAUCCCCGGCGGAGCUGGUUGUGGCCACCGGUGGCGCCACCAGUCCGGUCUGUGGCCUGGCAACGGGAGGAGCUAGGCCUACUGCGUCAGUGCCAAUCAAAACCGCGUAGUAGUAGUAGGCGAGUUGUUGAACGUAUCUCAUCAUGUAUGUUUUAAGUACCUUGGCUGUUGAUUAGACAAAUUAGCGCGCGCACCGAGUUCUGCACUGCUCACCACACGGCAUCGUCAUCAACCACCACACUACUAUAAGCGCUUCCAUUCUCAUCUGGUACUUUAGUUCUACGCGUAGAUCUACGCACUACCACAGGCCUGAAUGUUCCUUAGGUGUAGUUUGACUGAUGAUCGUUCGCGUCCAAACUCCAUCGUCGUCUUGAUGAUGAAUCAUCCCGAUGCUGCUGACUUCUUGCACACUCAUCCAUAUGUGUAGAUGAUAAUCAUUAGCAAUCCGUGAGAGGGCGAGGUGGUGUACCACUUCCCCCAUGGAUACAGCUAAAAGCGCCAAAGAGAGAUCUCGAAAGAAGAUCAUCAUCAGCAGAAUAUCAUCAGCUCGAGGGUGGGCCGUUUUGGUCCAAUUGUUUUAUUCGCUAAGACACAGACUGCUGCAGCACCGCACCAACCAACACCCCACCAACAAUCAAUGAGAAAGAAAGAGAGAGAGUUGAUACUGGGUACACGAAACGGUUUUUUUGUAUGGAAGAACACGUGUGUACGCAAAUCUAUGUGCAAUAAUGGUUAUGAGCUUAGGUUUACCGUUAGAAUACUACCUGAAUAUUCCGUAGCAGUUUUCUAGCUCGGUUUUAGUAGAACACACACACAAAAAAACGGGAGGUUUCCCUUGUUACAAAUGUGUUAUCUUUUUCUUUUCGUUGCUGAAUAGCUAUACAAUCUAUCCAUAUUAGUGUAUAUGUUUUCUAUUUUAAGAAAAUUUUGACUACCGAUGAGAGCAAACACAUGUUUUAAGAACUGAUAUGAGACACAAAAAGUUUUGUAUUUAAAUUUGUACACUGCAAAGGUUUUCAGCUAGGUUAAAUAGUUUCACUAAUACAUACAAUUCAGCAAAAAAAAAACAAUUUAAUCAAACAGAAAAAUCAUUUGUAUGUGCUGUGCACAAGGUACUGUAUGCAGAAGGAAAGGGUUUGAAGAUCGUUGCAAAACUGAAGGUGAACCAUAUUAAUAUACUUUAAGUUCUCUUACUCCCUACUUUUGUGGAAACAUAAAGUUGCCAAUAAAUCGAAGAUAACGUGUCGAAAUGUAUCUCGGCAUUGAUACCUUUAACAUACAGCAAAAAGAAGAUCAAAAACAAUCACAAACGGUUCGCUGUGGAAUACACAGAAUUUCAAACCAGUGCGUCAUAUUUCGAUGAGUCAUCCUUACUAGAAACGAGUUACUAACAAGAAGAGUGCAGAACUACUAACUUUUAUCUUUUAGCGAGAAAAAAAAAAACAGGACCAUUUGCGAGUAGAACAUUGAUUCACUUUUACACCCUCCUGGCAAUCAUCACCAUAGGUUACAUGAAUGCAUGCUUCGCAGUACAGAAUGUGUCACACUUCGGGAUUUGAAUGGGCAGCGAGGAUUGGCAGGUUUUACUGUUUUGUCCACUUUACGUUAAACAAAUGCAACCAUUGAAGCGUAAGAACAAUUCCAUACAUGUGCUAGUGGUCGGUCAGCAUCAUUGGUGAGCUAAUUUCAUGCUAUUUUGAUUUAUUUUUAGUAUUUACGCUCACUGUAUUCAAUUACGUGCCAGAAACAUUUUACAAAAGAGCUGUGUAUAUCUUAUUUACUUGGAUGUCUCGUGGCCUAUAAAUGUUCGAGGACUAACAGAGUCUGAACCAGGUUCCGGAGCACAUGAAAAAACACGUGACUAAGUAAAGUCACGUCACGUUACUAAGUAAUGCGAGGUAUGCACUUCAAAUGGAAUCGCUCAAGUAAUUUUCGUUCAGUGCAUUAUUUUUCCGUGACCAGAAUGGUCAAGAAAUUUAACACAGCAAGCCCCAUUUGAUUUUACGUUUCGUUUCAGCUCCGUACUAGGAUCCGGAAUAAAGCGACGCUUUCUUAUUUCUUGAGCGAUUCCUUGCCUGAAUUUCCCUCGCAUUGAGAUAGGCCAAGAAAUUUCUUAUCAUCUGCGUACUACCCAUAAAAGAAAAUCGGUUUGAGUACUGUUAAGUACUUGACUCGGCUUACGAGUACGAAGUACGAGACACUAAAGACGAUCUUAUCUGUGAAAGGAUGUAAGUACUUAAUGGAACUAAAAGGAAUAUAUAGUUCUUAACCUGAUUUUCUUUAACUUACAAGUAUUCCACUUCCCAGGUUCAUCCUCAACGUCAUUGCUACUGCAAUAAUGAACGCAAAGAUAAAGAUUUUUUAUUUAAAUCCCGAAUGCAAAAGUUACAAGAUUACUGUGGUCCAUGUUCAUGUUAACGGCUUGAAUCCAAACUCAUGAUGCUCUUAGCAAUCAUGUCAACGCGUUCACUAUCGUGACUAGGGUAUGCCAUUUCCAAUACUCCUCAUCAACAUCAACUGCUUCCAUGGUCGAAUCGCAAUCGUAAAAUAUGGCUUCGGAUGCGUCAUCAUCCUGACCACCAGAAAUCGAAUGUUUUAUCAACUCGUUAUCCGUCUCCUCCUCGUUGCUGAUAUUCUCUUCGUUGUGAAUCUUGCUUCCACGAUGCUUACGGCGAUGUUUGCGAGUAGACAAACCCUUGGAAUCCACCGACAUCGCAUGCUUUUUCACAAAGUUUAGAGCAUACAAUCCGCCAACUUCAUCAGCAAUUGCGAUAAUAUCACUCCCGAAAAUCAACCCCCAUUGGUUCGCAACACACCUAAGUUCCUACAGUUUUAGUCGCCAGUUACAAUCUCCGAUGCCACCAGUGCGGAUUUUCUUCCCACUAGCAGUCGAACGCCCAGCAAACACCCCAACAAACAGUUUUGCUGUACAAGAGUUGCACAAACCACUCUUAAGCAAACUAUGACUAAAGAAACUGUUAUUCAGCUAGUUCUGUUGCUUUGGACUUCUGUCCAACCUCUAAAACGCUUACCUUUAUGCGAUGGCCACAAACGUGUACGAUUGUUGCUUGUUUUCGCACUUUCUGUUAACUUUACUUUCCUUUUCUCAUCUAUCUUUUCCAGGAACGCUUUGCAAUUUAACCUAACGUGAUCUUUCUGCCCGCAAAAGUUGCAGGUCACACACUUCCGGCACAUGCUUCCACGCGGCCGUAACGCUUCCUCAUGGGUCCUAUUUCUUUGCUUCUGCUGCUUUUCCGCUUCAUCGAUAAGCUUAACCUUCACCAAAUCGAGAGUCAACUCCUCCUCGUCCUGCAGGGCCUCCAAAGUCGUGAUUCGCGGAUCAAACGAAUCCGGCAACCCACGCAAAAUCAGUGCCACUUUAAGACACUCUCUCAUUUUGAAGCCAGGGUUCUCAAGCCGCUAAACGUACAACUACUCGAUGUUUGCUAGUUACGUUUCCAUGUCCUCCCGCAUUGGUGUUCGGGUUCAUAAUCUGCUUCAACAACGUUACUUUCUAUCCCAGCGAUACCUUCUGAUGAAGGUCCUUCAAUGCCUAGAAACAUCUACAGUCAGUUGGACCGUAUCAGAAGGCCGGCUCCAGAGGCACGCUAUCCUCCAUUUAGGACAUUUGUGCCAGUUGGAUCGUGGUUGGCGGUGUUUUGUUUACCUCAAGUCACACGUCCCUCACAGGAUUCGAGGGAGUUCCAGGGUAGGCGUACUUCCACAUUUGCUCACGUCGUAGCAGUGCUUGUAUCGUAAAGCACAACGCCUCGUAGUUCGUGUUCGUCAGUUCCAUUAUCCGUUCCCACUCCAUCUUCAGAUAGCUUCCGAAAAGCAGAUCUAAUCUAAUCAGGGAAUCUAGUGUGGUCUUGAAGCACGCCUCUGGCUUUACUUUUCUCAUCUUUUGCUUCUUCUCUAUCGUGGUCCAGGCAUUCUCGUCAUUCCGUUCGUGUUCAAUCUUCGGCUUCAAGGGGUCAACCUUUUGAGGUUUUUCAUUGCCCCGGUUUCCCCUAGCGCGCUUAGCAGGCGGCUUAGGCGCCUGUAUAAUCAGGUUAGUCGCCUUCUUUGUGCAAGCGGUUUGCCCUCUGUUCUACGUCUCCAGCCAUCGUCGAACCUCCAGCAAAAAAGAAGCUGUCCGUUUUAGCAACCUCUUCUCUGUGUGAACAUCGAUCGCGUUCUAUUCCACGGCCAGAAAGCCGUAGGUAUUCUUUCCUGGUCAAGUUCACCGACUUGCUGAAUUUCUCAAGGUCUUUGCCUAAGUUUCAUUCCUAAGGUGUUUGAUGUUGUUCCGUCCCCUAGUGAAGCCGAUCAACUCGUCCAGUUGCUCGGCCUCGGUGACUACCAUAAUUUUUGAUAGCUCACGGGAGCGCACGCGCGGCGCGGCGGGGCUUUUUCCGACGACACACAAAACACCCACAACGACGAACCACACACGGCAGGGGGGAAAAGUCACCUGAACUCUCAGUGUGCUCCAUCACAUCAGCCCAGUCUAGUCGCAAGUAUAUAUCCAGUAGGCCUCAAAUAAUGUGUGACUACCCCCUAAAUUUAAGCAUAUUAAUAAGGGGAGGAAAAGUGACUUUCACCCUGUUACUUGUCUAAGAUGGUUACCUAUCGGGAACGUAUUUCAAGGCUACGCUACGGUUUUAUGGGACGGAAGGCAGCGCCGACAUUAGCUGUGUCACCCGACCCUAAACUUUUGGAAGGGAUGCCAUGUUGCUUGUACACAGUUGUUUCCGGACGUGUGAGAUUUUUGAAGACGCUCAGCAGGGCCCUUGUUGAGUUGAGCCCCCUAUGCGCCAAGGCUAGCCCGCCUGAGCUACCUGUGCAUCCAAAGCUCCGUCUCCUCUCGGGGACGUCAACAAUGACUGAUGGGUGGAUAAGGUUCCUAGGGUCCCACCCUAAGUAGACGUUAUAACUGUACUUACCUUACUUACCGGUCAGGCUAAGGCCGGGGUGGCCUCUGCUGUACAUAGUAGCCGCCUCCAUUCCACUCGGUCCAUGGCUGUUUGUCUCCAGUUCCGCACUCUGCGUAGGGUCCGCAGAUCGUCCUCCACUUGGUCGACCCACCUAGUUCGCUGCGCUCCACGUCUUCUUGUACCGGUCAGAUGACUCUCGAGAACCAUUUUAGUCGGGUUGCUAUCCGACAUCCUGAUGACGUGACCCGCCCACCGUAGCCUGCCGAUUUUCGCGGUAUGGACGAUGGUUGGUUCUCCCAGCAGCUGAUGCAGCUCGUGGUUCAUUCGCCUUCUCCAAGUCCCGUCUUCCAUCUGCACUCCGCCGUAGAUGGUACGCAACACCUUCCGUUCGAAAACUCCAAGGGCGCGUUGGUCCUCCUGCACGUAGGGUCCAUGUAUGUGGUCCAUGUUUCGUGCCCAUAGAGGACGACCGGUCUAAUCAACGUUUUGUAGAUGGUUAACUUCGUGUUACGGCGAACUUUAUUUGAUCGUAGAGUUCUGCGGAGUCCAAAGUAGGCACGAUUUCCUGCCACAAUGCGCCUCUGAAUUUCUCUGCUGGUGUCGUUGUCGUCGGUCACCAGUGAGCCCAAGUACACGAAUUCUUCGACCGCCUCGAUUUCAUCACCGUCGAUAUGAAUUCGGGGUGGCGGGCGCGGUGAUUCCUCCCUGGAGCCCUUUGCCAUCAUGUACUUUGUCUUCGACACAUUAAUGACUAAUCCGAUUCGCCUGGCUUCACUCUUUAGUCGGAUGUACGUUUCCACCAUCGUCUCAAAUUUACGAGCAAUAAUAUAAAUAUCAUCAGCGAAACCAAGCAGCUGAACGGACUUCGUGAAAAUCGUCCCACUCGUGUUUAUCCCCGCUCUCCUUAUUACACCCUCCAAAGCAAUGUUGAACAGCAAGCACGAAAGACCAUCACCUUGCCGUAACCCUCUGCGAGAUUCGAAGGGACUCGAGAGUGUCCCUGAUACUCGAACUACGCACAUCACUCGAUCCAUCGUCGCCUUGAUCAACCGUAUCAGUUUAUCCGGGAAUCCGUAUUCGUGCAUAAUCUGCCAUAGCUGUUCUCGAUCGAUUGUAUCAUACGCCGAUUUGAAAUCGAUGAACAAGUGAUGUGUGAGCACGUUGUAUUCGCGGCAUUUCUGCAACACCUGGCGAUUGGCGAACAUCUGGUCCGUUGUAGCACGUUCACCCAUGAAUCCAGCCUGAUAGUGCCCCACGAACUCUCUUGCAAUCGGUGAUAGACGGCGGCAUAAAAUUUGGGAGAGUAUCUUGUAGGCAGCGCUCAGUAGUGUGAUCGCGCGGUAGUUUCCGCAAUCCAACUUGUCGCCCUUUUCGUAGAUGGGACACACGAUACCUUCCAUCCAUUCCUCCGGUAAUACUUCCUACUCCCAAAUCUCUGUAAUGACCCAGUGAUACCUACUGCUGGAACGACAUGAUAAAACUUAUCGAAGUAAUCUAUCUCGACUUGAAUGAAGUGUUAGCAGAAUUAUUUCUGCUUGAAAUUACCGGGAAAAGUUGAACCUUACACAACACUUGUAAGCAUGAUACAUAAAUGACGUAGUGGAGCAAAACAGUUACCUGCUCAAUCCACAUCCAUUCUCAACCCAUUCAAUCCAAUGACACUAAUCGAAUUGAGUAAAUGCACGAAGUUCAAAAUUGUACAACAAGAAAGGAAAAAAAACAGAAAAAAAUAUUUGCGUAAAUGAUCAAAAUCAUAAAAAUAGGAAGAUAAAGAUUUGAUUUUAUACUGUUCCAUUAAAUCCCAAUCUGCCCAAGAACAGAUACUCGCAUGUCUGCAAUAGAUAACAAAGCUUGAUGUUGGAGUCAAAUGGUACAGUAUCAACCAGAUUCUUUCUCUUUACAGGUAUUCCACUAAACAUGCCCCAGAUUUUAUUAUCAUAAAGAUAUCCUAACACAAAAUUAUAAAUAAUACGAGGGAUCGAAUCCUAACUACAAAGGAAAACUUUAAAACUGAUAAAAUUCAUACAUAUAUAACCAUGGACUAAGAUUAGAACAAAAAAAUAAAUAAAGCAAGCUGGACUUGUGCAGAGUAAUAUAUUUAAAUCAAGAUGCGAAAUGGAGAAAAAGGGGGUAGCGAUAUGAAACAAUUAGUUCAAUGUUUGACUUUAUAUUUCGCGCAUUUUAUUUUUUAAGAUGAAUUUACACAUACACACGUACAUUGAUAUGAUGAAUUUGUCAUGUAGGGAUUUAAGAGAACCAGAGCAAGCUAGUGAAAUUGUACUACUUUUUAAGUGUGAUGCCCAAGGAGAAAACAAACUUUACAAUAAUACCUACUUACACACAUAUUCGGAAAUGCAAUGCAAUCCUUCUCUCGUAACGAUUCAAAGGCAACUACGGAAUGAUAUUUUAACUGACAUUUUUUGUACCCGAAAAGAAAUGCUACUCAUUGCUAAGUAUAUUAGCGCUUGAAACAACUUCGUUUCAUAUGAGUGCUGAAAAUGCAAAAUAAGUUAUACACUUCUAUGCUAACGAAAUCAUCCGACACAAAUACACUCUCACACACCUAAGAGUCUCGGAUAUUUAAUCUCUCUCUAUUCCCCAAUCCCGCUCAACUAUCCGCUACAAUAUCGAAAAUAACCGAUUCUGUCUUAUACUUAAAUAUUUGACAACUUACUCUCAACUACACAGUUUUCACACAACCGCUGAAAAAGAAUAUCCUACUUACAACAAAAUAAACCAGAACAGAGAACUUAAUCUAAAAGAAUAAAAACUUCAAGAAAACACAGAGCAUAUAGUAUUAUAAGCUACGACGAUUGAUGUUUUAAUUGGGUAGAGACUAGGCUAAUGAUGAAACCAAUACAAGGAACAAAAUAAAAGCCAUUGUACCACCUAAAAUCCCAUAAACCACAUCCUUACACGCAUGAUUCAUACACACACAUACACACACUCUGCAAUGACACGCAAAAUAGUAAGUAGUGGAAAAGUUCACAAAACCAGCGAUCUUGUGCACCUAAAGUAUCGUUUAGUAAAGAAAACCAGCGCAGCCAGAAAAAUAAAAUGCACACAAACAUAAGCAUAAACUAAAAAAUAAAACAAAGAAAAAAAUCAGCAUCUCUGUCUAUGUAAAACACCUACGUAGUUAGCGCCAGUCAGCCAGUCAGUCAGUUAGUACAUGUUUGAGUGUGGGGCACACCUAACGUCGUCGUUCCCUCCUCUAGCGCAAUAGGCAAAAGCAACAAAGCAACACUUGAUGUGAUGAUCUGAUACCAGACAAACACUCACACAUCCACACACUCACACAUGCACACAUAGACGCCCCCAUCAAUCAAUAAACAAUUUGAUGACAAGAAGAAGAAAAAGGUGAAAAACUCGAAUCAAAGUUUGUUCGGUGUGCACGAAAGCUGAUGUAUUGCUAUAUAGGAAGUAUAAAGUAAAAAUAAUUUAGAGGUAACUAGUGCGCGAUGGACAAGGGGGAGAAACCAGGAGAAAAGUCUAAUAUGUAAGUUUGAGAGCAUUCAAACGGAACAAAAGAAACGCGAGCAGAAGACAACAUAAAAGCGGACAGAAAGGACACACACACACUUAUUCAAGUGAGAUAAAUUAUUACCCUGUUGAAAAAUGA